AUGGUUACUUGCGACAUCACACACGUCACAACUUACGAAAUUACUUCAUAUAAAAAGUGCUGUCAUUCUAUGAAAUCUCAUAUGAUCAACAUGCCGUGGAAAAAACAGAAAAAGCGUUCUGGGAGUAGUAAAGAACAUUGUGUUGUUCUACUUCUCGGUGGUUCGAUCUACGAUGAAAGCGCUGGUGGCGUUCGUAUUGUUCAACAUGGUCGCCGUCGCGAUGAUGAAACACGCCGCACAAAGAAAGAUGUGGAAAAAGAUAGUUUCUUGUGGAAACGAGAUUUUCAUGCGCUGACUACAUUAUUUGAAAGAAACGGUGCUACAGUUUGGCGAAGUAUACCCACCGCGAUGCACUGUUCGAAGUUGGAUACUAUUGAACACCUCUUAUCCUUUUUUACUUUUGACGAUAUUGAACGACAACGAAGAGGUAUGGCGUAUAGACAAGCAACGACGUUUAUUAUUUACUGGUGUGGUCAUGGAGUACCGUAUACCGGCAAUUGGGGCUUUUCAGAAGGUGAGACAAUAACCUGCGAUGAACUGAUUAACCUUUGGACAUCAGCGAAUCGAGAAGAUCGGGAUGCAUUAACCAUUAUCGCUGAUACAUGCUUCUCAGGCGCCUGGAUUGAUGAACUCCGAACAAAACAGAUUCCUAAUCUUGCUUACCAAGCCGCUUGUCGAUCGGAUGAAACAGCGUGGAUAUUCGACGAUCGAGAGGUCCCACGGAGUUUGCUUAUGCGAAGAUUCUUUCUCGAAAUUAUGGAAGAAACAGAAUCUACGGAUGAUCGCGUUUACAUAUGGACGUGUCCCACUCAACGUCCGAUUUUCUUCUGUGAUUAUGUUCCUGAACAAGAAACAGAGAGACGGGCGCUUGUCAGAGGUGCAUUUUUCUUCUUUUCGAUCGACGAACAUGCAGAGACAGACAAGAAUCAUUAUUAUGCUGAACCUAACGGUGGUGUACGGCAUGGCAAGUUUUUGAAAGCAACGACGUAA